AUGGUUCAGAAAGAAUCUGAUAUUUACAAGGCCAAAAUCGCGGAGUUCGAGGAAGGUCUCAAAGAGUAUCAGGCUGGUCUCAAGAAGGAGGCAUACUACUUUUAUAAGUCUGGACUUGAACUCGCCAUGGAGAGAAUUGCGGGGGUCACGGCAGAUUUGGACGAGUUUGACAAGCAGAUGGAAAGUUUGACCCACAUUGCUGAGAAUUUCGACUACCCCGAGCAGCUGAAUAACUCGAGGAAACUGAUGACGGCAAUGCGGGAAGAUGUUGCAAUAAUGCUCAGCUU